UAUAUUUUAACGGUAUUAUUUUAAAAUAACAAAAUAUAAAAAAUGAUAAAUUAUGAAAUUGAAUUGAGGAUGAAGAGUACAAUACUUUAUUUCAAACACUUUUAUAAAAAUAUUUUGAAAAAAUUUUAUUAUAUAAACUAAUCUAUAUAAUAGAAACUGCUUGUACUUCAAAAAUCAAUUAAGUAGUUUCUUCGUUACAACGAUAUUAUAGUAAUGCGAAAGAAAAAGUUGUUUAAUACAUCGAUAUAUGUAUAUCUUUAUUUUAUUAUGUACCAAAUAUAAUAUUGUCACAUAUUGUGCGACAUAACUAAGCAGAAUUAGAUAAUUUUAUAUAAAAUAAACUUAACUACUACUUAUAUGCAUACAAAUGUGUAAUGAGUACAAUUUUAAUCUUAAUGGAAUCGUUUAUAAAUCAUUUUCUUGAGUCACAGGUCAGCAAUCGUGUUUCAAUUUACUUUUCUCAAAUGUUGCACGGUGCGAUAACAACUUGUUGGCGACGACGAAACUUGUGAAUUGAUAAUGCUAGAGAAUCAUGAGACAGUUGGGUACAACGCGUAUAUGCGGAUAGUGAAACAAGGAAGAAGAUCUAAUCGAGUGAAAGCUAAGGUCAAAAGGCCAAUAAACGUUCCCGGACGAGCCGAUAAGCUGCAUAAUAGUAAAAUACCAGUUGCAUUUCUCUACUUUCCUUUUUCUUAUUCGACAUGUACGAUGUCAUGUAACCUAUACUAUACAUAUCGACUGAGAAUAUUGAUUGAUUUUCGUUCGUAAAGCCGCGUUCAGAUUUACCAUGUUACUUUAAUUCGAGUUUCUUUUUCUCACUCUCUCAAAGUGACAAUGACGGAAGCGGUUACACAAAUUUGCAUAGAAGUGUUAAUUACAAUUAAGAAUUACAAAAAAAGAACUUUGUAAUUUACUUUGUAUACAGUAUGUAUAAGAUCUCUGCUUUUUUUCUUACAGAAGAAUAUUUAAUACUAAAACUAUCAGAAUGGGCUCAAAAAUUUUACAAAUUACAAAUUAGCGGUUUGCCGUUGAUAUUAAUGAAAUUUUGCAAAUUUAUAAAUUACAAGUCAUCUGAUCAUUAUAUUUGAUGCAAAAUUGAAAGAGAAACCUGAGAGAAGUUUACAACAUGUAAGUUAUAAAUUGUGUAAUACUGAAUUAUUAUGCAAAAAAGUUCAAGUUUACAUUACUUUACAUUACAUUGGUAUUUCGAAUUAUUUAAAUUCAAAGUCGAUAUUCAUUAAAUUGUUAGUGGAGAAAUUUGUAACUAAUUGUAGGAUAAAAGUAACUACUAAUUAAACUCGGUAACUUUGAUAAAAAAUUCAACAAGUGGGUUCAAUAAUUAUUAUCCAUUCUUUUAAAUAUUAAUUGUAAAAUCCCAGUUUUCAAUGUAUUAUCUACAACACUCCUUUGAUUUAAUUUGACAUAGUUUUCAUGUUUCCAUUUCAUAUUUGCUUCAUCGUUAUCUUCGUUUGUAGUCUUUCGAGAGUGAAUUUCGAUUCAUCUAACGAUUAAAUAUCGAAGAAAGUAUACGAGAGUGAUUUUUCUCGAUUUCUAUAACCUCUUUAUAAUUAUUUGUGGGAUAUAAUAAAACACUGGAAAGUGUGGUAUCUGAUGAUUGAAGUUCAUUCAUUGUUAAUUACAUUUAGAUUGCUAUUUAAUAAUUAAAUUAAUGAUGAAGCAAUUAGUGAUUUGUUCUACGCACUAUAUUUCAGCUCGUUAAAGAAAAACUUAAGAAGAGGAAGUAACUAACGUCUAAGAUUUAUGAGAUUUAAAUGAACAUGACGAGAUUAUGAUUAUUCAGAUGAUAUUACACGUUCAAAGAAGAAAAAAGAAUUUUACAACCAAUCAAUCCUUUCGCUUACAUCAAGUAAGCAGCAAAAAAGAAAGACAUAGAAUAAAUAAGAAUAGGAAGGAGAAUAAGGAUAACUUAGCGGUAUGAAUCGAAGGGAAAGCAGAAUGCGUUAGCAUCGUGAAAGGAAGAAGAAGGAAACGAAAGCGGGCUCUCUCUCACGUUCUUACGCAGCGGAGAAGAUGCUCUCGUAAGAAAUCUUACCUGCGAAACCCUGGAAAACUAUCGAGAAAGAAAUAGGGGAGGGGGUAGAGAAGAGCAACGUCUGCCAAGAGGCAACUUUCACAUGAUCACCACGUGAAUCCCCUUUUCAGCUUCCUGGAACAUCACGGGAUCAAGAGUAUCGUUACUAUAUUGUGAGGCACAAACACAAGCAACUUGAAAGAUUAUGUUUAUGGAUACAAAGAGUGUACGUAUGAUCAAGACGGCUUUUCAGAAGAUUUGAUAAAAAAGGAGGAAAAAUGGAAAGUAGAAGAGUGGUGUUAGUUCUAUUAGUUACGAUACCUUGUAUUCAGGCUAGGCAGAAUUUUGAAAUAGAAAGCGUGUACUGCGAUGAGUAAUACUGAAAAAACUACUGAAGUGAAAUUGCCAGCUGAACAUUGGCCUGUGAAUAAGGUAAAUGUCUCAACAAAAAACAAGAUUUUCGAAACCAAUGACAUUACAAAUAUUGGAACCUGGACUUAUCACUUCACACAAGUUGCACUUUCUCUUUCUCAACGACCAUUAAAAGCAUUAAUUACACACCCCUGGCUGGAUAAUUCAGGGAGGAAGGAAAAAGCUAAUGAAACAAAGCUAUUAAAUAUGGCGGCCGACUUAGAAAAAGCUGGCGUGGAAAAGAUCGAUCGUCCGUUUAAAGAGGAAGGCGUCGAUUUCCGCGUCUUCUUCGGGAAAGGCGUCGUGACGCAAGCUAGAGAAACUUUCACUAUUCUUAAACAGCCACUAAUCAAGAUGAAGACUGUCAGAUUCUAUGCACAUUAAGUGAAAAUGGAAAUUACGACACAAUUGUUGAUGAUCCGUUCUUUUGAAAGAUGUCGAGGCUGGUAGAAAAUUUGAAGAAAAAGUAUUCUAAGUGUCGAUACUGUUUCUUUAAUUUAAAUAAGAAUCAAAAUAUUGUACUGCAAGACAGGUAUUUAUAUUUUCUAUGAACUUGUUGUUCUUUGAGUUCUUUGUGUCGCAAUUGUUUUAAUAAUAAAAAUCCAGAAUUUUGAUGCGAUUAUUAAAAUGAAACAGAGACAUGUGAUCAAACAAUCAAUAGAACAAAACUUUUAAAAUAAACAGGUUUUAUAGGAAGAAUACUAAUUUACUAACUUUACUGAAAAUUGAAAGAUUGCUUACCUGUGUCUUGUAUUUGA